AUGUUAUUUCGCUUGAUCACCCUGGCGCUGUGUGUAUUACGCUGCCGAAGCUAUCGUAUAGCUGUUGGAGCAGGAAAAAACCUGCGCAUUUCAUUUUAUAGGGGAUUGUCGGCCGUACCAGGCCUCUUUGGCACCACGGAAAAGCUUUCGUGUAACGUAUCAGCCUCCGAGCUGAAACCCGCCGAGUUCAAGGGCAGAAUCGUAAUAAUUGACGAUGGAAACGCAGAUAAAUAUGUAGAAUCACCGGCUGAACUAUUAAGCACGCGCUGUGUCGGUUUCGACCUUGAAUAUGUACCAGACUAUUACAGUUCGGUGCAUAGACACACAGCUGAACGCACGAGACCGGCUGUUGUCCAAAUCGCCGGUAGAGAUGUGUGCUUGGUCUACCUAAUUUACAAAAUAGGGCAUCUGCCCGAACCCGUUUCGUCGUUACUACGUGAUCCCAACGUACUGAAGGUUGCUCAUGGAGCACCCUCGGAUAUGCGUUUGCUAUUUAGGCACUUUGGCGUAUGUAGCCGCAAUUUUGUAGAUUUGCAAAAUGUAUGCGAAGAAAUGCAUAUACGACCAUGCAGCUUGAAGGGUGUAGCGGAACAGGUGUUAGGACUGAAACUCAGCAAAACACAGCAGUGCUCAAAUUGGGAAGCAUCAGCACUUUCCGAAGCACAGAUCCGCUACGCUGCAACCGACGCAUGGGUGACUUUAGAAGCUUUCUUGAAAUUGAAACCACCCUCCUUUCGAAAGCUAAUAGUCAACGAAACGGGUGACGUAAAGAUUGACAAUGUGAAGGCCGAUGGCUCCGAGUCUACUGGGAACUCUUGA